AUGGAGCGAGGGCCCCAGGCGGGGAGGCGCCGCCGCCGAGCGCGCGGCCCGACGCCCCCUCAGUGAGCCCGAGCCCGGCCGCGCCUCCUGCCGGCCUCGCUGCCUCGCGGACGCUUGGAGCCGCCGCCACCGCCUUCCCGCUCGGGCCGCGGGCCGGGAGACGGGCCGGGGCUGCAUGGCCUCGCCCGCGCCCCGCCGCUGAGCCCCGGAGCCGCAGCCCGGAGCCGGGACACGGGCAGCAGUGCUCUGAGCACGGCUUUGCUGGGUUUGCCAGACAGUCCUCAUCAGCACCGACUUUCAGCUAUGGAAUCGCAGACGGUUGAUGAUGAAGCAAUGGCCGUAUAAAUGAAGAUCAAGUGAGGGGAGAAGAACGAUGCCCAAGGGUGGGUGUUCUAAAACACCACAGCAAGAAGAAUUUCCUCUCAGCAACGACAUGGUGGAGAAACAAACGGGGAAAAAGGAUAAAGAUAAAGUUUCUCUAACCAAGACCCCAAAGCUGGACCGUAGUGAUGGAGGGAAGGAGGUGAGAGAAAGAGCGACCAAACGGAAACUGCCCUUCACUGUGGGGGCCAAUGGAGAGCAGAAGGACUCGGACACAGAUGCCUCCAGCUCAGUCCAUGUCGUGGUACUGCAAGGCUGGUUCGCUCCUCGAAGCGCCAUGGCAUGAAAUGGAGGUUCCUAGAAGCAAGAAGAAAGAGAAGCAGGGUCCUGAGCGGAAGAGGAUUAAGAAGGAGCCUGUCACCCGGAAGGCUGGGCUGCUGUUUGGCAUGGGGCUGUCUGGGAUCCGGGCUGGCUACCCCCUCUCUGAGCGCCAGCAGGUGGCUCUCCUCAUGCAGAUGACGGCCGAGGAGUCUGCAAACAGCCCAGUAGAUACAACACCAAAGCAUCCCUCCCAGUCGACAGUAUGUCAGAAGGGGACGCCUAACUCUGCCUCAAAAACCAAAGACAAAGUGAACAAGAGAAACGAGCGUGGGGAGACCCGCCUGCACCGAGCUGCCAUCCGGGGGGAUGCCCGGCGCAUCAAGGAGCUCAUCAGCGAGGGGGCAGAUGUCAAUGUCAAGGACUUCGCAGGCUGGACAGCGCUGCAUGAGGCAUGUAACCGUGGCUACUAUGACGUCGCAAAGCAGCUGCUGGCUGCUGGGGCGGAGGUGAACACCAAGGGCCUGGAUGACGACACCCCCCUGCACGAUGCUGCCAACAACGGGCACUACAAGGUGGUAAAGCUGUUGUUACGAUAUGGAGGAAAUCCUCAGCAAAGCAACAGAAAAGGAGAGACACCACUGAAGGUGGCCAACUCCCCGACCAUGGUGAACCUCCUGUUAGGGAAGGGCACCUACACGUCCAGCGAAGAGAGCUCCACUGACAGCUCCGAGGAGGAAGAUGCCCCAUCAUUCGCGCCUUCUAGUUCAGUUGAUGGCAAUAACACAGACUCUGAAUUUGAAAAAGGCCUAAAGCACAAGGCUAAGAAUCCAGAGCCCCAGAAAACUGUGACCCCUGUCAAGGAUGAGUAUGAGUUUGAUGAGGAUGACGAGCAGGACAGAGUCCCUCCAGUGGAUGACAAACACUUACUGAAAAAGGAUUACAGGAAAGAAACUAAAUCAAAUAGUUUUAUUUCUAUACCCAAAAUGGAAGUGAAAAGUUACACUAAAAAUAACACAAUUGCACCAAAGAAAGCUACUCAUCGCAUCUUGUCAGACACGUCAGACGAAGAGGAUCUCAGUGUCACCGUGGGGACAGGAGAGAAGCUGAGACUCUCCGCACACACGAUAUUGCCCAGUAACAAAACACGGGAGCCUUCGAAUUCCAAGCAGCAGAAGGAAAAAAAUAAAGUGAAAAAGAAACGAAAGAAAGAAACAAAAGGCAAAGAAGUGCGCUUUGGGAAAAGGAGCGACAAAUUCUGCUCAUCGGAGUCAGAGAGUGAGUCCUCAGGGAGUGGUGAGGACGAUGGGGACUCGGUGGGGAGCCCUGGCUGCCUCAAGGAGUCCCCGCUGGUGCUGAAGGACCCCUCCCUGUUCAGCUCCCUGUCUGCCUCCUCCACCUCGUCUCAUGGGAGCUCCACUGCCCAGAAGCAGAACCCCAGCCACACAGACCAGCACGCCAAGCACUGGCGGACAGACAAUUGGAAAACCAUUUCUUCUCCUGCCUGGUCAGAGGUUAGCUCUUUAUCAGACUCCACAAGGACGAGACUGACAAGCGAGUCUGACUGCUCCUCUGAGGGCUCCAGUGUGGAGUCACUGAAGCCAGUGAGGAAGAAACAGGAGCAUAGGAAGAGGGGUGCCCUGUCCGAGAAAAAGAACUGCUUUCACUCCAGCGUGGACGGCGCCAUUCCCAAGCUGGACAAGGAGGGGAAAGUGGUCAAGAAACACAAAACGAAACAUAAACACAAAAACAAGGAGAGAGGACUGUGUUCAGUCAGUCAGGAACUCAAACUGAAAAGCUUCACUUAUGAGUAUGAGGACUCCAAGCAGAGAUCAGAUAAGGCUAUACUUUUAGACAAUGACAUUUCUACAGAAAAUAAGUUAAAAGUAUUGAAGCACGAUAGAGACCACUUUAAGAAAGAAGAAAAACUUAGCAAAAUGAAGUCAGACGACAAAGAAUGGCUCUUUAAAGAUGAGAUAAUCAAGGCCUCCAAAGAUGACAAGUCGCUCAGGAGAGUCAGAGACAUGAACAAAGACGUGAGCAGGCCUUUCCGAGACGAGAAAGACCGCUCGAAUAAAGUGGAAAAGGAGAAGUCAGCGAAGGAAAAGUCUCCCAAAGAGGAAAAACUGAGACUAUACAAAGAGGAGAGAAAGAAAAAAUCCAAAGACAGGCCUUCAAAAUUAGAGAAAAAGAAUGAUUUUAAAGAGGACAAAAUUUCAAAAGAGAAGGAGAAGACUUUCAAAGAAGAUAAAGAAAAACUCAAAAAAGAAAAAGUUUAUAGGGAAGAUUCUGCUUUUGAUGACUAUUGCAACAAAAGUCAGUUUCUGGAGAAUGAAGAUACCAAAUUCAGCCUUUCUGACGACCAGCAAGACAGGUGGUUUUCUGACUUGUCUGAUUCGUCCUUUGAUUUCAAAGGGGAAGAUAGUUGGGAUUCUCCAGUGACAGACUACAGGGACAUUAAAAAUGACUCCGUGGCAAGGCUGAUCUUGGAAACAGUGAAAGAGGACAGCAAGGAGAAGAAGCGGGAGAGCAGAACCCGGGAGAAGCGAGACUACAGCGAAAAGCGGAGCGACAAGGAUGCUUUCUUUAGAAAGAAAGACAGGGACUAUCUGGAUAAAAACUCUGAGAAGAGGAAAGACCAAAUUGAAAAGCACAAAAGUAUCGCCAGCUAUCUUUCAGAAAAAGACAAAAAGAGGAGGGAGUCUGCUGAAGGCGGGCGAGACAGGAAAGACAGGGAUCUGAGCGACAUCUGCAGGGACAGAAAGGACCCCCUCGAGGGCGCCAAGGAGCGGAAGGACGGCAGAGCCAAGCCCGAGGAGGCGCACAGGGAGGACCUGAAGGAGUACAGCUGUGAGAGCAUCUUCAAAGACAGGUCUGACUGUGACUUUGGGAAGAAUCUGGAGCCUUGGGAAAGGCACCAUUCUGUGAGAGAGAAGGAGAAGAGAGAUGGCCUUGAGAAGGAGAAGAGAGAAAAAAUAAAACUGGAAAAGUAUAGAGACAAGUCCAGUGACAAAGAUAAGAACGAAAAAUCUCUCCUUGAAAAAUGUCAGAAGGAGAAAGAAUUUGAUAAAUGUUUUAAAGAGAAAAAAGAUACUAAGGAAAAGCAUAAAGAUACACAUAGCAAAGACAAAGAAAGAAAAGCGUCUUUUGACCAAGUUAAAGAAAAAAAGGAGAAGUGUUUCUCUGGAAUUAUCUCAGAAGACUUCUCUGAAAAAAAAGAUGAAAAAAAGGGUAAAGAGAAAAGCUGGUAUAUUGCAGAUAUAUUCACAGAUGAAAGUGAAGAUGAAAAAGAUGAGUAUCCGGCGAGUGGAUUCAAAAUUGGAGAGGCCGGUGAAGUGCAGCGGGUGGAUGGGCUCCAGGAGAAAGACGACGGGAGGGAGCCGCACCCCUCGGACAGGCACCGGAAGCACUCCGUGGACAGGCAACAUUCAGAGAAGCCAAAAGAGAAAGAACCCAAAGAAAAGAGAAGGGACAGAGGAGCCAUGGAAGGCGUGAAAGACAAGAAAGAAAAGGCCUUUGACAAGCACAAAGAGAAGAAGGAUAAGGAGUCCACAGACAAAUACAAGGACAGGAAGGACCGGGCUUCAGUCGACUCCACUCAGGAAAGGAAGAGCAGACAGAAGCCCCCAGAGAAAGCAGAGAAGAAGCCCUGCGCAGAAGACAAGGCCAAGAGCAGGCACCGGGAGAGGCCAGACAAGGAGCAUGGCCGAGAGAGGAAGGCGUCCAAAGGCGUCGAGCUGGAGAGGAGCCUGCUGGAGAAGCUGGAGGAGGAAGCGCUCCGGGAGUGCAGGGAGGACUCCAACGACAGGGCCAGCGAGGUGUCCUCCGACAGCUUCACGGACCGGGGACAGGACCCGGGCCUGAGUGCCCUCCUGGACACGUCCGUCACAGAGCCCCCGGAGGAGAAGGUCAAGGAGAGCUGCCCCCAGGAGAAGCUGAAGGAGAAGGAGAGGCACAGGCACUCGUCCUCCUCCUCCAAGAAAAGCCAUGAUCGAGAGAGAGGCAAGAAGGAAAAGUCCGAGAGGAAAGACAAGGGUGAGGAUUAUAAGGAGACGGGCAGCAGGAGGGACUCCAGCCAGUGUGAAAAGGAGUUCCUGGAUGCCGACGCCUACAGCAUUUCUUACAACACGAAAGCCGACAUAGAAGAUGAAUUAGAUAAAACCAUUGAAUUUUUUUCUACCGAAAAGAAAGACAAAAAUGAUUCUGAAAGAGAACCUUCCAAGAAAGUAGAAAAGGAACUGAAGCCUUAUGGAUCUGGUACCAUCAACAUCCUAAAAGAGAAGAAGAGAAGAGAGAAGCACCGGGAGAAGUGGAGAGAUGAGAAGGAGAAACACAGGGACAAGCAUGGGGAUGGCAUCCUGAAACAUGCCCGGGACGAGCACAAGUCUGCAGCCAAAGACAAGGAUAGCCCCCCAGGUUCUCUUAGAGAGAGGCCGAGGGACGAGAGCCUGAGACCCAGUGAGGCCAAGCUAAAGGAGAAGUCCAAGGAGAAUCCAGAGAAGGAGAAGGCAGACUCAGUGAAACUCAGCAAUGGAAGCGAUAAGCUGCCCCCAUCCAAAGAUGUGGGCAGGAAGGACGUCAGGCCCAGAGAGAAGCUUCUUGGAGACGGUGACCUGAUGAUGACCAGCUUUGAGAGGAUGCUCUCCCAGAAAGACCUGGAGAUUGAAGAGCGCCACAAACGGCACAAGGAGAGAAUGAAACAGAUGGAGAAGAUGAGGCACAGGUCUGGAGACCCUAAGCUCAAGGAGAGAGUGAAGUCAGCCGAAGACAUGCGGAAGAAGAGUCUGGAUGUCCCUCCAAAGAAGCCGCUGGGGCUGGACCCUGCCCUUAAAGACAAGAAGCUCAAGGAGGCGGCUCCUCCUCCUCCAGCCGCUGAGAAUAAGCCCCACCUGGGACCAGCUGUGGACGCCAGAGACUGGUUGGCGGGACCUCAUAUGAAAGAGGUGUUGCCUGCUUCUCCCAGGCCUGAUCAGAACCGGCCCACCGGGGUCCCCACCCCUGCGUCAGUAGUGUCCUGCCCCAGCUACGAGGAGGCGAUGCACACCCCCAGGACCCCGUCCUGCAGCACUGACGACUACCCCGACCUCGGGUUCGACUGCACAGACCCCCCACCCAUCUCUAGCACGUCUGCCAGCGCCUGCUCCCCCUCCUUCUUUGACAGGUUCUCUGGGGCGGCGAGUGGGAUUUCAGAAACCCCUAGCCAGACACCCACGAGGCCUGUGUGCACAAACCUUUAUCGUUCAGUCUCCGUUGAUAUCAGGAGGACCCCUGAAGCAGAAUUCAGUGUUGGGGACAAGCUGUUCAGACAGCAGAGUGUCCCUACUGCGUCUAGUUUCGACUCGCCAGGGCAGCUCUUGGAGGACAAGGCCCCUGUUGCUCCAGGUCCCGCCGAAAAGUUUGCUUGCUUGUCUCCGGGGUAUUACUCCCCGGACUAUGGCAUCCCCUCCCCCAAAGCAGACGGUCUGCACUGCCCGCCUGCAGCUGUGGUCAAUGUCACUCCCUCCCCAGAGGGUGCCUUCUCUGGUUUACAAGCAAAGUCCCCCCCUUCACACCGAGAUGAGCUUUUGGCUCCAUCCAUGGAGGGAGCCCUUCCCCCUGACUUGGGCAUUCCCCUGGAGGCCACGGAGGACCAGCAGGCCACUGCUGCCAUCAUCCCCCCCGAGCCCAGCUACUUGGAGCCCCUGGACGAGGGCCCCUUCAGCACGGUCAUCACAGAGGAGCCAGUUGAGUGGGCGCACCCUGCUGCCUCAGAGCAAGGUCUCUCUUCCAGCCUAAUUGGGACUGCCCCCGAAAACCCUGUCAGCUGGCCCGUGGGGUCAGACCUUCUGCUAAAGUCUCCACAGAGAUUCUCAGAGUCCCCAAAACAUUUCUGUCCAGCUGCGUCCCUCCACCCUGCUGCCCCAGGGCCCUUCGGUGCCACAGAGCCCCCUUACCCAGGGUCCCCUGCCUCAUACCCUCUGUCAGGCACUGAGCCUGGACUCGAGGAGGUCAGAGACACUGCGGUGGAAGCAAUCCCGGCUGCUGUCUCCCCUUCAGAAGAACCCACCCCUUUCACCCCUCCCUCCAGGCUGGAGUCCUUCUUCAGUAGCUGCAAGUCGCUUCCGGAAGCACCCCCCGAAGGGCCCCCUGAGCCUGCGUGUGUGACCACCGUGGCUCAGGUGGAGGCUCUGGGGCCCCUGGAAAAUAACUUCCUGGAAAAUGGUCACAACCUGCCUGUCCUCGGCCAGGUGGAGCCAGUGCCCUGGUCUGACCCCUUUACCACCCCUGUGGACGACUUAGACCUGGGACCCUUCUCACUGCCAGAGCUUCCCCUUCAAACUAAGGACGUUUCCGACGUCGAAACAGAACCUGUAGAAGACAGUCCUCUCAUUCCUCCAGAAAAUACCCCUGCAGGGGCCCCCAUGGUCCUGAAUGGUGGGGAUGUCGCUGCAUCAGCUGCUGAGGAGCAACUCGUGCUGCCCCCUGACCAGCCGGUCACCCGGCUCCCUGCCGAGCCUGAGCCCCUGGAGGAGCCGAAGCCCGCCAUGAUGCUGAAUGCCACGGCAGAAGCAGGGGCUGUGUCAGAGGCGAGGGCUCCUGAGGACUCCAACUCCAGCUUGGGGCCUGUGCCAGCCCUCCCGGAGCAGCUUCCACCAGGGGGUGGUGACGAGGAGGCCGAGUGCCAAGACCCCUCGGCUGUAUCCCACGGUGCACCUGACCCUCCUGUGGACUGCUUGGCAGAGGCGGACGGGGCUGGCCCCCAUGACACUGCUGGGCUUGAGGGGCCUCCGAGCAGUGUCCUGCCCGAAGCUACAGAACCAGAACCCAAACCCACAGCCGAAGCCCCAAAGGCCCCCAAAGUGGAGGAGAUCCCCCAGCGCAUGACCAGGAACCGGGCUCAGAUGCUGGCCAAUCAGAACAAGCAGAGCUCGCCCCCUUCUGAGAAGGAGCCUGCCCCGGCGCCCAGAGCGAAGGGCCGCGGCUCCGAGGAGGAGGACCCGCAGGCCCAGCACCCGCGCAAACGCCGCUUCCAGCGCUCCAGCCAGCAGCUGCAGCAGCACAUGAACACGUCCACACAGCAGACGCGGGAAGUGAUCCAGCAGACGCUGGCUGCCAUCGUGGAUGCCAUCAAGCUGGACGACAUCGAGCCCUACCACAGUGACAGGUCCAACCCGUACUUUGAAUACUUGCAAAUCAGGAAGAAGAUUGAAGAGAAGCGGAAGAUCCUCUGCUACAUCAGCCCGCAGGCACCCCAGUGCUACGCCGAGUAUGUCACCUACACGGGCUCCUACCUUCUGGACGGCAAGCCACUCAGCAAGCUGCACAUCCCCGUGAUUGCACCCCCUCCCUCGCUGGCGGAGCCCCUGAAGGAGCUGUUCAAGCAGCAAGAGGCCGUGAGGGGGAAGCUGCGUCUCCAGCACAGCAUCGAGCGGGAAAAGCUGAUCGUCUCCUGUGAGCAAGAGAUCCUGCGGGUUCACUGCCGGGCAGCAAGGACCAUUGCGAACCAGGCGGUGCCGUUCAGCGCCUGCACCAUGCUGCUGGACUCUGAGGUCUACAACAUGCCACUGGAGAGCCAGGGAGACGAGAACAAGUCAGUGCGGGAUCGGUUCAACGCCCGCCAGUUCAUCUCCUGGCUCCAGGACGUGGAUGACAAGUAUGACCGCAUGAAGGUGUGCGGGGAGCAGUUCCUGUCACCAGCUGGCGGUCAGACCUCUGUGGGACCCCACCUUGAGCCCUCCUCAAAGGUCACAGCACACACCCAUCACCACUGCUCUGGACGUGCUGACCAGUGCAGCAGGCAGAGGACAUGUCUCCUGAUGCGGCAGCAGCACGAGGCUGCGGCCCUCAACGCUGUGCAGAGGAUGGAGUGGCAGCUGAAGGUCCAGGAGCUGGACCCUGCAGGGCACAAGUCCCUGUGCGUGAACGAGGUGCCCUCCUUCUACGUGCCCAUGGUCGACGUCAACGACGACUUCGUGCUUCUGCCAGCCUGACGCACCAUGGGAUGGCCGCACAGAACACAGGCGCGGGCCACACAUCUGCCCGGUGCUGCUGCCACGUCCGAGCAGCAGGAGACCUUGUCCCUCAGGUGGGGACACCCAGGGAGAAACCCCGCACUUUGCCCCCUGGAGCGUGGCCCUUUUACACCAGCCGCUGCAGUAGGACAAGGAGACUGGGUGGGGCAUAGACAUGGUGGCCUUGGGGUCUGUUUUCCAGCCAGCUGCACAGGCAUUUCAGGAGCUGCAGAACGGAGUGCGUUUUUUAAAAUUUCUUGUUCCAUUCUGAUCAACUAAAGGAAAUAAAAUUAAGGUUUCCACCCCUCAGAAACAGUGACUCUGGGUCGGAGGGCAAGGGGAGUGCCGUCCUGGCCACUGCCCUGUUGCCACGGAGCCGCCAAUGGCCGCAGGCCUCCAACUGGGCCUGGGACGCUGUGCCGAGCGACGCCCGGCUGCGCCGCCCACCCGCCUGUCACAGGACACAGAGCCAGGACUCUCCGGUUGUGUUUUUAAUGGAGUCAAAUCCACGUGGUUUGUAUAUUUUUUCCUUUAAUCUUGGGCAUUUUGUUUCUCUUUCUGAGAACAUAACUUGAAACACUACAGAGCCAAUAAUCAUAUAAAAAGUGUUCCCGUAAACGCUGUACAGUUUUAUACACAUUCACAAUGUACUUUUGCUGCCUUCUAGAUAAUUUAUUUUGCAACACAUUACUGCACAGUUGUAAAUAACUUAUGUACUGUAACAUCACUUCAGUUAUGUGUAAAGAAAUAAAUAAAUUAAUUAAAUGCUCUUUGUA